CCACGUUACAAUCUCUACUGCACGUUCCAGCUGAGUCAGUUUUGUCGGUACCUUUUGGACAGUUCGCAUCAAGCAGCAGUGACUGGGUGUUCUGGAAGCAAGAAUUACAGACCUCGCAAAUAUGGAGAAGCGGGUACGGUCGAACCCGAGAGAUCGGAGGAGGGGCAAGAGAGGGCCUGUGGUGAAACACGCUGGACUGCCCGUGGACCUCGUAUAUCACGCCCAGAACCAUCACGGCAACAUCUCUACGGGGCACCCGGAGCCGAAGUCCGCACAGGACGAAUGCCCGUCUCAAGGUUCGAGUCUGUCCUGGACGUCAGCGAAGCCAACACAGCCGACGUCCUCCUCCGACAAGCCAACCAGUGUCUGUGACACACCGAGACAAUACAAGUGUCCUGUCAUCCAGACGGCCGUCUUGUUCACAUUCUUAGGAGCCGUCAUCGUGGUCCUCGUACUUAAUACAAAGGUUAAGUCCUAUCCUGUGGCUGCGGUCAUCAACUGCGGAAGCAAUGCUUGCCGAGAGUACGUGCAAUAUUUGCAUGAGAGCAUGAACGAGACUAUCGACCCUUGCGAAAACUUUUAUGGUUAUGUAUGCGGAAGAAUGCAACGCGCGAACUCAGUCCGUCAAACUGCAUUCAUGAGGUUCAGGGAACGGGUUAUCCAGAAGUCUAGGGCACGUACAGCAAGUAUGACUCAGUCUGCAGUUGAAAAGGCCGCCUUGUUCUACCAGAGUUGCGAAAACGUCUUGAAAUACAAUGAUGACGGCGAGCUACCCCAAGUCAAGGUCAUCCUUGCGGACGCUGGAAUAACCUGGCCAACGCCAGCAAGCACACCUGACGUGCUGUUUACGAUGCUGCGGCUUUCCUCUUACUGGCUCUGGGACACGUUUAUCACCGUAAAAUGGGUUCCACGUUCUGGAAAACUCGCAACACCUUUAAGUAUUGGACCUUCACCUCAUUUAUCUACUCUACUUAGACAAAGAAAUGCCAUCCUCAGAGCAAAAAGGUAUUUUGAUUACUUCGUCAUCAUUUACGAAGCGUUCAAAACAUCCAAUAAAACGGCUAAUGCCGCAUUCGAUGAGCUCGGAACCAUUGAACGCGAUGCUGUUCCGAUGUUCGAGGCUAGACUUCAUUCAGAUAAAAAGAAGGUAGAGACUACAAUUCGUAGAUUCAACUACACUGCUCCAGGGAUCUCCCGCGAACGCUGGUUCCAGGGCUUCAAGGCGCACUUUUACGACCUCUUGGCGUCAGAGCCUGUGGUGGUCGUAGAGCACGUUCGCUUUCUCCGUGUUAUACCGUUGUUGAUUGAUAAAGUAGGGGAGGUAAAUCUUCACCUAUACUUGAGCUGGACGGUCGUGCAGAGGUUAGUGCUGCUGGGCAACUCAAGGCUCCUUGUGAACUAUCAUGGGACAUUAGAAGCUGCUAAGUUGAACCAUAGAUCUUUCUGCUACCACUUGGUUCAAGAAAAGAUGGGCUUCGCUUUCCUUUCGCCCUACGUAUCCAGUAUUUAUACGCCACUAGUGAAGAACGACAUCGCGAACAUUAUGAACAACAUAUGCUCAACAUUCGACGACCUGUACAGGAAGAGCUUCGACCCGUCUGACAGCUUGAGAGCAGCGCAGCAACACACAGACGCCGUGCUGAAGUACCUCGACAUGUUCACGGAGGGUAACGUGGACAGGUAUUACGCGAACUAUUCCUCCAUGACUGACAAAGUGGUGAAAAACUACAAGGUGUCCUGCGACGGAGCAAGAAAUAGUCAGAGGGAUGGGUACGUCACACUUGCCCAUUUUAGAACGCCAGCAGAGACCGAGUUUACAUUUCUCGACGACAACAAAGGCGAGUUCCUCUUGGCUCCUAACGUACUCGAGCUUCCUUACUACGACGAGACUGUACCCGUGACCAUUAAGUACGCCGCGUUUGGGUCGUUUGUUGCAGAGUCCUUGACGAAGCUACUGCUUCACACCUACACUGAAUGGCACGCAAAUUCCCGCAGCAAAGUGCGUCAGACAAUCGACUGCGUGACGAGGAGCAACCCGUCCUUGAGGAGGGAUCAUUCGGACGACCUACAGAACCUCAUCGUCGCAGCAGCAACUAUUCAUAUUCUCUUAUCGGCGAUCGAGCACAGUUCAAGCUACGAGGAAGGAACGAGCAUAGCUCGGACCUACAGGAGGUUCUUUGUGAUCUGGUGCUAUGUCUUGUGUGAUACCGGUGGUGACAGCGAACUCUGUAACGGGCCUCUGCGACACGUUGAUGAGUUUGCGUCUGUGUUCGGGUGCGCUAAGAAUAGUUCAAUGAGAAGUGAGCUAUCCUGCAAAGUUUUUUCUGCUUGAACAUUUCGAAGCUCUUCUUCUGGCUAUGAUUGCAUAUGGUGACAGCGCAAUUUGUAAACGGCCAGAUCUGCGACGACGGGCCUGUCACAAAAUGAAUUUCGUCUGAUUUGCUUUCUUCGCACUUUUGUACUAAUGACCUGAUUAUAUCGAACUGAAGUCAA